AUGCAAUUCUUCGUUGUUAUAUUAUCUAUAGGAAUAAUUAGUCAAUGUAUAAAUGGAUGUCCUAAUGAUCUAAAAUUUCCAUUAAAAUCUAUUCCAAUUCAAAUCGGAUCAGUUCCAUGUCCAGAUGGACAAAGUUCCUGUCCUGAUGGUGAAUCAUGUUGUCUAUUAUCAUCAGGUCAAUAUGGUUGUUGUCCUAUUCCUGAUGCUGUUUGUUGUAAUGAUCAUCUUCAUUGUUGUCCAACUGGUUAUACAUGUGAUGUUGAACAUUCCAGAUGUCAAAAAGGAUUUGAAAAAUCUUAUAGUAUUGUAUGUCCUGGUGGCGAUAUGUCCUGUUCUGAUGGUGAAACAUGUUGUGAAUUACAAUCCGGUGAUUUUGGUUGUUGUCCAUUACCUGAUGCUGUUUGUUGUAGUGAUCAUAGUCAUUGUUGUCCACAUGGAUAUACAUGUAAUAUUGAACAAAAUAAAUGUGAUAAAGGUAUAUCAAUUCCAUGGUUUACAAAAAAAGAAGCUCAACCUAUAAAUAAAACUUUAACAAAAUUAUCUAUUUCAACAAUUCAAUGUCCUGAUGAAAAAUCUUUUUGUCCAGAAGAAACAACUUGUUGUGAAUUAACUGAUGGUUCAUAUGGAUGUUGCCCAUAUCCUCAAGCAUCUUGUUGUUCUGAUAAAAUGCAUUGUUGUGGAGAAGGAUAUUCAUGUGAUGAUUCAGGUUCAAGAUGUAUUCGACAUUUAUCUUCAAUUAUUAAUUCAAUCGAAAUAAAAUCAUCAUUAAUUCCAUUAACUAAUAUUCCACAACAAACAUGUCCAGAUGGAAAAACAAAAUGUUCUUUAACUUCAACAUGCUGUCCAAAUAAAGAUAAUAAUAAUAAAAAUAGUUAUUCAUGUUGUGCUUAUUCAAAUGGUGUAUGUUGUGGUUCAGAUGGUUCAAUUUGUUGUCCAUAUAAAUAUAUUUGUGAUGAAAAUCAUUUAACUUGUCAAUUAAAUCAAACAAUUUCAAUAGAAAAUAAAUGUGGAUCAACAGAUUUAGCUUGUCCAGAUAAUCAAACUUGUUGUAAAAUUUCUCAAUCAAAUUCUGAUCAAUAUGCUUGUUGUACUUUUCCUAAUGGUGUAUGUUGUGAUGAUGGUCGACAUUGUUGUCCACAAGGAACAAAAUGUGAUAAUAAAUCUGGUGGAUGUAUUAAACAUUAG